AUGGAAAAAAGGAAGAAUCCAGAUGGAGUCUGGUCGGGUAAGAAAGGGUGUGGGGGAGAGAAUGUGAGGAUGAGGAGGGAAGUGUGGAUGGAUGGGGGUAGAAAGGAGGCAAAGAAGAGGAAGAAGGAGGAAAAAAGACAACAGAGACAACAGAGGCAUAGAGUAAUGAGAACAAGCAACCAAGCAACCAAGCAAGCAGGCAAGCAAAUCGCCAGACUAACCGUAAAGACGGAAUACGCGGAGUGUGGGGGAGAGCCCGACUCUCUUCUCGCCCAGGGUCGGGGCUCCGGUCCGGCAACGCGCGCGUGGGUUGCGCAGGGGACAAUGUCUGGCAACCCUCAACUCGGGUAG